AUGCCUCCCAAAGGACUUUCACUGGAAGAGAAGCGAAAGCGUUUAGAAACUAUCUUUCAUGAAUCCAAAGAUUUUUUUCAGUUGAAAGAAAUUGAAAAAUUGGGUUCCAAACGACAAAUUGUCCUUCAAACAGUAAAAGACGUGCUACAAUCGUUGGUUGACGAUGGCCUCGUGAAGUCUGAAAAGAUUGGAACGAGCAACUAUUACUGGUCAUUUCCAUCAGAGGCAAAACGGUCUCGUGAAACAACGAUUGAGUCUCUUCAAAUACAACUGGCGGACUAUCGCGAAAAGAUCCUUCAAGUCUCUGAAUCCAUCGAGAACGAAACAGCUAAACGGAAAUCUGAGAAUGAAGAUGAUCAAGAUGAAACUUUUACACCACAAAUGUUAGCACAGAAAGAAUCGACACUUCAAUCUUUGCAAUCCGAGCUUGCCAGUUUAAACCAUUGCAAUCCUGAAACAAUCGCUUUGCAAGAAAAAAUGACAAUGAAGUAUCUUGAAGCUGCCAAUUUAUGGACGGAUCAGAUACACUCUUUGCUUUCAUUUUGCAGAGAUAUGGGCGCUGAACUUCCACAAGUUCUUCAGGCGUGCGAUAUACCUGAAGACUUAGAUGAACUAGUUCUACCCGUGAAAGAUUAG